AUGAACGUAUUCUUCCAUUCUUUUUUCUUUUUUUUUUUUCUUUCAUCCAUUCUUUUUAUUCUUUUUUCUUUCUUUUCUUUCUUCGUAUUCUUCCAUUCUUUUUCUUUUCCAUUCUUUUAUUCUUUUUCUUUUCUUUCAUUCUUUUUUUCUUUUCUUUCUUUCCAUUCUUCUUCUUUUUUUUCUUUCUUUCAUGAACGUAUUCUUCCAUUCUUUUUUCUUUCUUUCUUUCAUGAACGUAUUCUUCCAUUCUUUUUUCUUUCUUUCUUUCAUGAACGUAUUCUUUCAUUCUUUUUUCUUUCUUUCUUUCAUGAACGUAUUCUUCCAUUCUUUUUUUUCUUUCUUCAUUCUUUUUUCAUUCUUUUUUCUUCUUUCAUUCUUCUUCCAUUCUUUUUUCUUUUCCAUUCUUUAUUCUUUCCAUUCUUUUUUUCUUUCUUUCAUUCUUUUUAUGAACGUAUUCUUUUUCAUUCUUUUUUCUUUCUUUCUUUCAUUCCAUUCUUUUAUUCUUUUUUCUUUUCCAUUCUUUUUUUCUUUUUUUUUUUUUUUCUUCCACGUAUUCUUUCAUUCUUUUUCUUUCUUUCUUUCUUCCAUUCUUUUAUUCUUUCUUCCAUUCUUUUUUUUUUCUUCCUUUCUUUCAUUCUAUCUUCGUAUUCUUUCAUUCUUUUUUCUUUCUUUCUUUCAUGA